CAAUUCAUUUUCCAUUUUUUAACUCUGAAACUACUUAAGUUUCUUUAACAGGAUAUUGUACCUGGUUCCCUUGUAGUUUUUACUAUGGAUAAUCCCAACAAUUACUCUGUACUAGAUAUCAAUGGCGAUGCUGUAUCAGUGCUUCCCGAGAAAUCUAAAACUAAGAACACCAAGCAGUUCGCUUGGGUUCUUCUCCUCAGAGCUCACAGAGCUGUUUCAUGUCUUUUCUGGUUAGUGAAAACUUUCUUCGCAAUGGUUGCUGCAGCGAAGAAACGAAUAAUCUUCUUGAGAAGAAGAGAAGAACCCAAAAACAGGGGAGGAUUAUUAAGGUUUGUAAAAGUACUUCUUCUUGUUUCAAUGGCAGCUCUCUUCUUAGAUGUCAUUGCCCAUCUGAAAGGAUGGAAUUUAGGUCUAAUUCAACCUUUGAAGGCUCAGAGUAGUAUACAUUGGUCUUAUCUGGGUUGGCUCUCAUUUAGAGCUGAUUAUAUUGCUCCAAUGAUUAAGGGGCUCUCUAAAUUCUGUAUUGUUCUGUUCUUGGUUCAAUCACUCGAUCGGCUACUGCUCUGUCUCGGGUGUUUCUGGAUUAAAUUUAAAAGUUUGAAGCCCACGGCAGAAGGAAACGCAUAUGACCUUGAGGAUUCCUGUGGAUUCCCUUUGGUUCUCGUUCAAAUUCCCAUGUGCAAUGAGAGAGAGGUUUAUGCACAGUCAAUCUCAGCUGCAUGUCAGUUGGAUUGGCCUAGGGAUCGGCUCCUAAUUCAGGUCCUAGAUGAUUCAGAUGAAGAAAGUAUACAGCUUCUAAUCAGAGAUGAAGUCUCUGCAUGGAGGCAGAAAGGACUGAACAUAGUCUACCAACACCGACUCAUCAGAACUGGUUACAAAGCUGGCAACCUAAAAUCAGCCAUGGCUUGUGAUUACAUCAAAGACUAUGAGUUUGUUGCAAUAUUUGAUGCUGAUUUCCAACCCAAUCCAGAUUUCCUUAAAUUAACAAUCCCACACUUCAAGGACAAUCCUGAGCUGGGUCUUGUUCAAGCCCGUUGGUCUUUCGUGAACAAAGAUGAGAACUUGCUAACGCGGCUCCAGAACAUAAGUUUAAGCUUUCACUUUGAGGUAGAGCAGCAAGUAAAUGGCAUUUUCCUCAACUUCUUUGGGUUCAAUGGAACUGCAGGUGUGUGGAGAAUUAAGGCACUUGAGGACUCGGGAGGUUGGCUUGAGAGAACCACUGUUGAGGAUAUGGAUAUUGCAGUUCGGGCUCACUUGAAUGGGUGGAAGUUCAUCUUCCUCAAUGAUGUUAGGGUGCUCUGUGAAUUACCAGAGUCUUAUGAAGCUUACAAGAAACAACAGCAACGUUGGCAUUCGGGUCCAAUGCAGCUAUUUCGAUUAUGUCUUCCCAGUAUCAUCACCUCUAAGAUAUCAAUUUGGAAGAAAGCCAACUUGAUUUUCCUCUUCUUCCUUCUCAGAAAACUGAUUCUUCCAUUCUACUCCUUCACAUUGUUCUGCAUCAUCCUUCCAUUAACAAUAUUUGUACCAGAGGUCGAAUUACCUACAUGGGUGAUCUGUUACUUGCCCAUCUUGAUGUCCCUUCUGAACAUCCUACCUGCCCCAAAAUCGUUUCCUUUCUUAGUUCCAUUCCAACUGUUUGAGAACACCAUGUCCGUGACAAAAUUCAAUGCGAUGGUGUCAGGGCUAUUUCAGCUGGGGAGUGCUUAUGAAUGGGUUGUGACAAAGAAGUCAGGGAGAUCAUCUGAAUCAGAUUUAAUAGGGAUGACUGAGGUGGCAUUGAAGUCUUCUAAUCAGCAGAAGCUCCAUGAGAGAGUAUCUGAAUCUGAUCUAGCAGUUUCAAGUAAAUUACAUAAACAUGAAAAGAUUCCAUUGAGAAACAAGAAAAACAAACUCUACAGAAAGGAGCUUGUGCUUGCAUUUCUUCUACUCACUGCAUCUGCAAGAAGCCUAGUAUCAGCUCAUGGUUUGCAUUUCUAUUUCUUGUUGUUUCAAGGUCUAUCAUUCCUUAUUGUUGGCUUGGACCUGAUUGGAGAACAGAUGCAGUGAGAUGAGAGUGAAAAUUCUCCAUUUGGAGCCACAAAUUUUCUUUAAUAAAUUAC